GCAGCCCUCAACACCGAUCUACUCGGUGCAGGCGCGAUCAGCUCUCCCACCGCUGGCCCAUCUUCGAAGGCGCAUGAUGGUGAUGUGGACAUUGUCAUGUAGUUGUCUACCCGAACGACCGGUUUGCUUUCGCAUUUAUUGCCUCCCCUAUGUCGCCUUCACACUUGAUGGCGACUUACUCAUAGUUACAAUGUUCCGUGUAUCUUCGGGUCACCAUGCCGCACAUAGCGCGGGGUAUAAAUAAAAAAAAAAAAAAAAAAGACAUUUGAUGGGGAAUUUAGAAAGCUUAGAUGAUACUUCAAUGACCUGGAAGAGCUUGUGGUACAGGCCAGACUUACAGGCAGGCAAAAAAUCCACUAUGCACUGUGCUACUUAAUGGUUCAGAAGGAAGAGCUAUGGUCCACGGUCCCUGUGAUGUCCACUGCGGACUAUGUCCUCUUCAAGCAACAGAUCUUUGAGCUCUACCCUGGGGCAGAAGGUAACCAUCUCUACAUCAUUGCCAAUCUUGAGCAGUGCAUCAUGGAGGCUCUCACCCAAGGUAUCCAUACCCACUCUGAAGAGAUGAUCUACUUUCGUGAGUUUGCUCCGAUCAUGAACUACCUUAUCCAGAUGGGAUGAGUUUCACCCACAGCAUGGGAUGAGCAGUACAUUCAGGGCUUCCGCCCAGCUAAAAAGGCAAUGAUCUUGCUUCACUGUGAGAUACUUCAUCCCAAUCACCAUCCUGAUAACACCUGGAACGUAAAUGAUGUACAUGACACUGCA